CUCCGUCUUUGCCGCUGUUUACCAAGGCUCAUCAUCGCUUGUGUCCGGCUACCACUUGCUGCUUGGCUGCACUGGUUUGUCUAAUGCAUUAUUUCCCAAGUUAUUCCCACUUGUCUUCCGUAUAAACCCUGGCAGAGACUCUUCGUUAUGUAAGAUCUCCUUUCCCGAGUGCCCGAAUCGCCACUGCUCGGAGUUGUCCCUGCGACACAUGUCUCCCCGGCGUUACGACGCUUACCUCCUCUUCUAGACGGACCCUGCUAGAUCUUGGACGAGACCACAAAUAAAGUCAUCUUCUCAAAACUCCAUACACUUUCUUUGUACCCUCCCCCGGAAACCGUCACAACACCAAGGCGACGAUGAUGAGAAGGGCUGCCGCGCGGGCAGUUACCCGUAGGGUUCCUCUCCCCCGACCAACCUCGACCUCAGCCAUCGCCCUGCGCUGUAUCUCAACUACACCUAGAAUGGCCCAGGCCCCCGCGAACCCAUUCUCCUCCGGUUCCCCGCCCAGCGAUGCCUUCCAAUUGCUGCCCGAGUCUAAGAAGGCCGGCGCUGCCGAAGACGAACUGUACGAAGCCCAGAUCAAGGAGGUCGAGGCAUGGUGGCAGUCGCCAAGAUACCAUGGCAUCAAGCGACCCUAUAGCGCUGCCGAUGUCGUCUCGAAGCGCGGCUCGCAACAUCAGUCGUAUCCCAGCUCCGUCAUGGCGAGGAAGCUCUUCAACCUCGUCAAGGAGCGGGAGGCUGAGGGGAAGCCCAUCCACACAAUGGGCGCCAUUGACCCCGUUCAAAUGACGCAACAAGCCCCUCAUCAGGAAGUUCUCUACAUCUCGGGCUGGGCCUGCUCCUCGCUCCUCACGUCCACCAACGAGGUGUCUCCCGACUUCGGCGACUACCCCUACAAUACCGUGCCGAACCAAGUCCAGCGACUCGCCAAGGCGCAGUCGAUGCACGACCGGAAACAAUGGGACGCCCGCCGGAAGCUGAAGCCCGAGGAGCGCGUAGAGACGCCGUACGUCGACUACCUGCGGCCCAUCAUUGCCGACGGUGACACCGGCCAUGGCGGCCUCUCCGCCGUUCUUAAGCUCGCCAAGCUCUUCGCCGAGAACGGCGCCGCGGCGGUGCAUUUUGAGGAUCAGCUCCACGGCGGUAAGAAGUGUGGGCACCUGGCCGGCAAGGUCCUGGUGCCUAUCGGAGAGCACAUCAAUCGGCUCAACGCCGCCCGCUUCCAGUGGGACGUCAUGGGCUGCGAGAACCUCGUGAUUGCCCGCACCGACUCGGAGAGCGGUAAGCUCAUCAGCAGCGCCAUUGACGUGCGCGAUCACGAGUUCAUCCUCGGCGUCGCCGACCCGGCCAUCGAACCCCUCGCCGAGACCAUUCAGGCCAUGGAGGCCAAGGGCGCCGCCGGCGCCGAGAUCGACACUUUCGAGGCCGACUGGGUCAAGAACACCAGGCUCGUGACCUUUGACGAGGCCGCUGUCGGGCACAUGCAGAAAGAGGGCGUCUCCCAGGACAAGAUUGACGCGUACCUCGAAAGGGUGCGCUCGGAUCGCGACCUGGGCAUCUCCCAGCGCCGCAAGCUCGCCAACGAGCACACAUCGACCCCCGUCUACUUCUCAUGGGACGUCCCCCGCACCCGCGAGGGCUUCUACCACUAUCGCGCCGGCAUGGACGCCGCGACGAAGCGCGCCAUCGCCUUUGGUCCGUACGCAGACCUCUUGUGGGUCGAGACGGGCGACCCCAACGUUGAGGUCGCGUCGACACUCGCCCGGUCUGUCCGAGGGGUGUAUCCCGGCAAGGGCCUCGUCUACAACCUCAGCCCGUCAUUCAACUGGAUGGCGCAUGGCUUCACCGAUGAGACGCUCAAGAGCUUCAUCUGGGACAUUGCCAAGGAGGGCUUCGUGCUGCAGCUCAUCUCCCUUGCCGGCCUACACUCCAACGCGACUAUCACUAAUGAGCUCGCUAGGGACUUCAAGAAGGACGGCAUGUUGGCCUACGUCAACAUCGUCCAGAGGCGCGAGAAGGAGGGUGGCUGCGAUGUCUUGACGCAUCAGAAGUGGAGCGGCGCGGGCUACAUUGACGGCAUCUUAGGGGCGAUUCAGAGCGGCAGCUCCAGUAGCAAGAGCAUGGGUGAAGGCAACACCGAGAGCCAGUUCCAUUAGAGAGAGCGCAAUUUUGACUGCAGUGCAUGGGGUGGCGUUGCAGGUUUACAAUUUUUUUAUGGUCACUCGUCUUGUAAUAUUUCAUGAUGUUACUUCAGCAAAAAGCAAGUACAAAUGGUUUCUGUGUCUUUCGGAAACCAUACAAAUUAACCUACACAAGCCCGUCGAGUGCAUUUGAGCCAAAGCAAAGGAAAAAAGUUUGCCAAUUGAAUAAUGUAGUCUAUUCACAGUUUCAUCAUCAUGACCCUCCAUCGGGUCCCUCCCCCUGGUUGUCUUGCCAAGCGCCUUAAACUCCAGUCCUGUGCCGUAUCAUUUCGGGAACAUCGCAAUCAAAUAAGCCAUUUCGCACUCUUACUCGAGGCUGGUGCGGCUGGCGUUGUUGAUGGGCGCGGGCGUUGCGGGGCCUUCGGGGGUGACGUAGGCCUUGGUCAUGCCGCCGUCGACAACCAUGUCAUGGCCGUUGACGAAGCUCGACUCGUCACUCGCCAGGAAAAGGACGGCCUGGGCCUGCUCAAUGGCCUCGCCGAAGCGGCCGGUGGGAAAGUGCACCUCGCGGCGCAUGCGCUUGGGGACGUCGUCGCCGAGCCAGUCCUGCAACAGCGGGGUGUUGAGAGGGGCGGGGCAGAGCGAGUUGAAGCGGUAACCCUCGCGAGCGUGGACCAUGGCGAGCUCGCGGGUGAGAGCGAGAACGGCGCCCUUUGAAGCCGUGUAGGCAAGCUGAGGGGUGGCAGCGCCAACGAGGGCGACGACAGAGGCGGUAUUAAUGAUGGAGCCCUUGCUCUUGUUGUUGCGGCGCAGGGCGAGAACGGCGUGCUUGCUGCCGAACCAGACGCCCUUGACAUUGAUGUUCUGGGUCAGAUCCCAAAUCUCCUCGGGGGUGUUGACAGCAUCGUCGUCACGGGCGUGCAUGAUACCAGCGUUGUUGAACAUAAUAUCGAGGCCACCCCAGGCAUCGACCGAGUCGACGAGGGCCUUGAUCUGGUCCUCCUUGGAAACAUCGGUGAUCUAUUCCAGCGUAGCAAAAGCUGUCAGUUCAAGGAACAAUGGGAGUUGAGCAUCGUGUGGUGAUGGUGGUUGUCGCAUGUGAAGCGGAUGAGGACGGUGACGCAAACGGGAAUGAUGGGAUGGGUGAAUGAUUGAUGGAUUGAUGGCGGGGCACAGCGGGGUAGUUGUGCAAUUUUAAUUGGGAAUGUGCAAAGUGCGCGGUGCAGUGAGCGCGUGCAGCAAGCAGCGUGAACGGGUGUGUCGGCGGAGUCUCGGAGAGGCGGGAAUGGAAUCUUCCAACACCUCCCAUUCGCAGUGUGCAGACGUACCUUGGUCUCGACCCUCGCGGACG